AUGGACCACCUGAAAUCCGCCCACGACUUUUGCCCUAGCAAGCGAGCCUUUCAGACACAAUUUCGUCGCUGGAACUUUCCAGCCAAGCAGCGGCCGGCGCACAAGAAUGACCGCCUGGUCGCCCGGAUCAAGGAACUCUGGGAGAAGAACCUGGCACAGCGGGAAAUGCUCCGCGUCCUCAAUGAGGAAGACGGCUAUGAUAUAAAGCCACGAGAGCUCAUGCGGGUUCGCACCAAGAACCGAUGGCUUCUGCGCGUCCCCAACGCGACUGCAGAUGCGCGUCCGGAUCUUCCGGACGACCGUGACGAUGACGACGACGAUGGCACUGACGACGACAACGAUGCCGGCGGGGGUUCAGUCACUCUUCACCAUUCCGACGCCGUUGCAAACGGAAGCAGCGAUAUGAUCAUGCAGGACAGUGACAGUGGAAACGGUACACUCGCGGCGACUCCCGCCGGGAGCCGGUCACGGCGUCGCGGACGGAAGGCCGGGCCAGACAUGCAGGCGACGACAGCCGGUGGCAACAACCGCUUCCCCUCUGAAAUGACCAUUGACGAAGCGCGUGACAUCCUCAGCCUUGAAACGGCCACCUAUCGUACACUACGGACCAAUUUUCAGCAGAUUUGCCAGGAAGACAGUCUCUUACGCAAGACCGAGGCUGGACCUGAGCGCUGGGCCGCAGCAAAGCAGCGCCUGGUUGGCAGUUCGCCGGCGCUGCAGCGCAUGCUCUGGACGAGCAACACCAUGGCCGCCGGCGUUGAUGGCGGCACCCACAGUUUCGACCAGCGAGUCCUCGCUCUCGACGUCAUCUGCACUGAUGUCACUAAACGACUACGCACACUCGAGACGCGCAUGACGCUCGGCGAGGCCAAGUCUGUGCUUGGCGUCAACCCGACCGAGUCGCGCGACAUGCGAGCUGCGCUGCACGCUGUGCUUUCGGAGGCGCGUUUCGUGAGCAAGUCGGAUGCCACGCCGGAGCAGUGGGAGGAGCUCAAGCAGCGAUGGGGCCAGCGAUCACCGCUCGUGCGAGCCAUUUUGCUGGAUGGCUCCGGAACUGAAGGAGUCAAGGUGAAGCUGCGUGCGCUGGAGACGGUCGCGAGCGAUGUGAUGAAGAGAUUACGAGAUCAGCGGAGAUCGAGACAGACGUUGGCAGGUGGCAGCGGAAGCAACCAUCGACAGGAGAUGCAGCAACUGAGCGCCACAGCGCAGAGUUCGCCAAAUACGACCCAUGAGCCGAUGGAGCUGGCAGAGAGCCUGGCAGGAAGUAAUUUCGACGACAUGUCCGAAGUGUCGCAGAUGGCAUUUGGCAGCCCCGGCAGCGACGCCAUGCACAUGCCCUUGACAUUAUCCCAGGCAUCCUCCUUGACUGGCGAUUCGUCACAGCAAGCAGGGCGGGGAGUUUUAAACACCAUGAGUGCAGCUAUGCAGCUGGGUGCGUCGGGCAUGGGCUCAACGCUUCUCCUGGCGCCGGGCGGCCAAGCGGCCGCGGCGGCAUUCAUGGACCAUCACCAGCAGCCAUACUACAAUCCAGGCGCAGCCGCGACAUCGUCCGCCACCGUAGCCAGUACCUCAUCGCACAUGUAUCAGCAGCCGUCCACGCCUGACCCUUCUCGGGUUGGCGCAGGGCCCGGUCCGGCAUGCGCCAUCUACCUUCGGCUGCACCCGUCGUCGAGCUUCCUUACCAAUACAAGCCUCUGGGUCGCGACUUUAUGCUCCCACUCGGUGCAGGAGCUCCGGGAGGCGGCCGUGGCCCGGUUUCCCGGCGCCGCGUGCGUCCGCGUCGAGGGCGUCAUCAAGGACGGCAAAGGCGGGGAGCUGCCGCUCCAGAUUGAGCAGGAGCAGGAGCUGGCGGCGUAUCUGGCGCACAUGCAAGGCGCCUCACCGACAUUCAAUGUUCAGCUUGUAUGGAAGGGUACGUAG